CAUCCACUUUCUGAAUGACGUCGGUUUUAUUCGCGCGCUGAUUGGCUAAUUGCUACCUUUCUCUUACGGCGGCCAUCGUUUCCGUGGCAAGACCUUGAACAAAAUCAGGGUUGGCUGUAUUUUAGCCGAAUGUGGCUGUAGUUCGAUACAGUUGAAGUGACAACCCGCUAGACAGCCAUGUUGCCCAGGUUACAUUCGGUGGCCAUCUUGGCUGACCUCGGCUGUCAUAUACAGAAGCUUUCUGUCCGCUGCAGUCGUGGCUUCAAGAAUGCUCCCCGGAAUUUCUGCCAGAAGGCGGAGGAAAAAGUUGUUGCCGGCACCCCAUACGAGAAAAUGACAGUUGGUAUACCCAAAGAAAUGUUUCCCAAUGAAAGAAGGGUAGCCAUUUCUCCUACAGCUGUGCAAGUGCUUGUAAAGAAAGGAUUCAAUGUUAAUAUAGAGGAAGGCGCUGGAGUUGAGUCUAAAUUUACAAAUGACGAAUUCGCUGCAUCUGGGGCAGCCAUUAAAAAAAGGGACGAAAUAUUUCAUUCUGAUAUAGUAUUAAAAGUUAGGCCUCCAUUGGAAACUGAAGUUCCCUUAUUCAAGGAAAAUGGUAUCUUAAUUAGUUUUCUCUACCCACAGCAAAAUGCUGACCUUGUAAAACUGAUAAAUGAUAGAAAGGUUACCUCAUUUGCAAUGGACAAAGUGCCAAGAAUAUCAAGAGCUCAAGUUUUUGAUGCACUAUCAUCAAUGGCAAAUAUUUCUGGAUACAAAGCAGUGAUAGAGGCAGCAAAUAAUUAUGGGAGAUUCUUCAGUGGUCAGAUAACAGCUGCAGGGAAAGUACCACCUGCAAAGAUUUUCAUCAUAGGUGGUGGUGUAGCUGGCCUUGCUGCUGCCGGAGCAGCCAAGAACCUCGGCGCGAUCACUAGGUUGUAUGAUGUGAGACCUGCAGUGAAAGAACAAGCCGAAUCACUGGGAGCUGAAUUCUUAGAAGUCUCUGUCAAGGAAUCUGGUGCUGCAGCAGGUGGAUAUGCCAAAGAUAUCAAAGAAAUGUCUACAGAGUUCCAGGACGCAGUGAAGAAUCUGUACGCCAAACAAUGUAAGGAGGUGGACGUAGUCAUCACCACUGCCCUUAUACCUGGCAAGAAAGCCCCAAUACUCAUUACAAAGGAAAUGAUAGAAUCCAUGAAGCCAGGAUCUGUUGUUGUGGAUUUGGCAGCUGAAGCUGGUGGCAACAUCGAGACAAUACAUCCGGGUGAAAAGUACAAAUACAAUGACGUGACACAUAUAGGAUAUACAGAUCUGCCUAGUCGAUUACCUACUCAAUCCAGUACCUUGUAUGGGAACAACAUUACCAAACUUCUCCUCUCAAUGGGUGAGAAGAAUCAUUUUAACAUUAAUCUUGAAGAUGAAGUUGUAAGGGGCAGUAUUGUUACACAAAAUGGUGAGAUCCUUCCUCCAGCACCUCCACCGCAGCUUGAUGCUGCUGUAGAAGCCAAGCCAAAAGCCGUCGGUGUUCCAUCUCCCCCUCCAGUUGACCCUAAAACAAAAACAUUUAAUACUGCAAUGAGGUACACCGCAGGACUGGGAACAAUGCUUGCUCUUGGAUCUGUUUCACCUAACCCAGCAUUCACUACCAUGGUAACAACAUUUGGUCUAGCUGGAAUCACAGGUUACUACACUGUAUGGAAUGUAACACCAGCUCUACAUUCGCCUCUAAUGUCAGUGACAAACGCGAUCUCCGGUAUCACAGCUGUCGGUGGUAUGUUGUUGAUGAGUAAGGGAUACACGCCAACAAAUACAAUAGAAAGUCUGGCAGCUGUAGCUUGCUUUAUCUCGAGUAUCAAUAUUGGAGGAGGGUUUACUGUAACACAGAGAAUGUUGGACAUGUUCAGAAGACCAGAUGAUCCCCCAGAGUACAACUACUUCUAUGCCUUGCCAGGUCUAGGGAUGCUUGGAGGGUAUGGUGCCCUGGCUGCAUCAGGAUCCUACCCAGACAUACAUCAGAUGACAUACUUCGCAGCCUCUUUGUGCUGUGUUGGUGCUCUGACUGGACUGUCCUCUCAGACAACCUGCAGAUUAGGUAAUGCCCUUGGAAUGAUCGGAGUAUCGUCAGGUCUUGCAGCUACAGUGGGUCUCCUUGCACCAACUCCAGAAUCCUUCGCUCAGAUGGCAGCUUGUGUAGGCACAGGUGGAUUGAUCGGUGUUAUUGGAGGUAAGAAGGUUGAAGUGACCGACCUUCCUCAGAUGGUAGCGUUGUUCCACAGUCUUGUAGGUGCUGCUGCUGUAGUCACCUGUAUCGCUAACUUCAUGUACGAGAACCCACAUUUCGCCACUGACCCAGCUGCCAAUGUGAUGAAGACAGCCCUUUUCUUGGGAACUUACAUCGGUGGUGUGACCUUCACAGGGUCUUUGGUAGCCUUUGGCAAACUUCAAGGAACAUUGAAAUCAAACCCACUCCUUAUGCCUGGUAGGCACGCUCUCAAUGGAGGAAUGUUGUUAGCUAACAUUGGAGCAUACGGCUAUUUCAUGAUGGACAAUGCUUAUGCUAGCGGCCUGGCAAUGCUGGGUACUACCACAACUUUGUCAAGUGUUAUGGGAGUUACUCUUACAAUGGCUAUUGGAGGUGCUGACAUGCCCGUGGUUAUCACUGUAUUGAACAGCUACUCAGGAUGGGCACUGUGUGCAGAAGGUUUCAUGUUGAACAACAAUCUCAUGACAAUUGUUGGAGCUAUGAUUGGAUCAUCAGGAGCCAUCCUCUCAUACAUCAUGUGCAAGGCAAUGAACAGAUCUCUGACUAACGUGAUCUUGGGUGGUGCUAACAUCGGUACCAAGUCUCAUGCCGGUGGUAAACCAAUGGAGAUUACUGGUACCCAUACAGAAUGUGAUAUUCCCAUUUGCACUGAAUACAUUGCCAAUGCUAAGAACAUCAUUAUUGUGCCGGGAUACGGUCUCUGUGUUGCUAAAGCACAGUACCCAAUAGCUGAAAUGGUUGAUUUCUUGAGGAGCAAGGGCAAGAAUGUCAGAUUUGGAAUUCACCCUGUAGCAGGACGUAUGCCUGGUCAGUUGAACGUGCUGUUGGCUGAAGCUGGUGUACCAUACGAUGUUGUACUUGAAAUGGAUGAGCUAAAUGAUGACUUCCCAGACACAGACCUUGUACUGGUUAUCGGAGCUAACGAUACAGUUAACUCGGCUGCGGAGGAAGAUCCCAACUCAAUCAUUGCUGGUAUGCCGGUCCUUAGAGUAUGGCUUUCAAAACAGGUUGUUGUAAUGAAGAGAUCUCUGGGAGUGGGAUAUGCUGCCGUUGACAACCCAAUCUUCUUUAAAGAGAACACAAACAUGUUGCUAGGAGACGCCAAGAAGACAUGUGAUGCUCUCUUUACCAGUGUGAGACAACACUAUGGAGAUGUUUAGAAAAUUAAAAUUAACCAUCAGUGAAGAAUCUAUGUGAAUGUUUUUUUGUGUGUAAAAAACAAACUGAAAUGAAAUUGGUAAUAAUGGCCAAGACCAAUAGCAGAAGAAUGUGAUUAUAGAAGAUGUAUGCUUAAACUUUAAUGCAUGAAUGCUUAAACAGUAGUAUAACAUUUACAUUUGAACAAAAUUGAAGAAAGACUACUGUGUUAUUUCUAUUGAAAGACUUUUUUUCGGCAGUAUUUUUGUAACAUUUCAUGUAUAUUUGCUAGACAUAUGAUAGUGCUUUGUUUAAAACAUGAUGUAGAAUUUUUAUCUAGAAAAUUAGAUGACGAGGCCGUGCCUUCAUCUGCUGAAUAUAAUAAGUAUGAAAAUUAAAUUAAUAAUUGUUCUUAGUGCGAAAUUAAUCUUUAUCUUAGACUUUAUCCUUUCAUUU